CCUUUGACAGCAGGCCGCGCGAGUUGGCGGGGUGGGUGCGGAGUGAACCGGGGGGAUCCAGUAUCACUGUGGCGCCUGUACAACAGCCAAUGGGAACGACAGGCGCGCGCUACAGCGGUAAGCGAACGCGCUCUUCGCUGGUCUGUCAAGGCCGCUAUGGCAGUACGUGAGGUGCCCCUUCUCGCUUCCUCGCGUCGGUGUCUCCCCUUCGGCCCCUCCUCGCAGCGGUACUGA